AAUUUGCUUUUUUUUUUAAUGUUACAAUAUGUCACUAUCGUUUUCUUUUUAUACUAAUAUAUUAGCGUAAACCACGGGUGGGAAAUAUUUGUGCCAAGAAGAGGCGACUUAUUUGAUAGUGGGUUUUGGCUCUGUUUUUUUGUGAUUUUUUUUUUCAUGGCUUAAUUGUUAUAAAUUUCAAAAAGAAUUUUCACUAAAUGGUCCCAGCUUGUCACUGUAGGUUCUUGUUUGUGAACAGUGCUGGAAUUGUUAUAAUGAGUCAUGACCGUAUUUUCUUGCUAGGAAUUAACCCUUUUAUUCUUCUCUGUUAUCGUCUAUAAUUCAGGUUUUAGUGGUCAGAAUGAAACUGUUCCCACUUGUGUUCUGAAAUGCUGAGCUGGGGUGUCGAGUUCUAAAUAUGGCCUGGAUUUUGCUUCUUGGUUGAAUAUACAUAUUGCCUUUCUCUGUCAAGGUGCCUUGGGAGGCUCAAAAGGAUAUUUGGGUAUGGUGAAUUCAAGCUGUAUUACUGGAGUUUUCUGAAUUUGUUGAGCUGUUGCAGUCUUAUUUAGAGAAAUAUGGUGCCGUCUGGGCCGUCAACUCCAAUUGGUGGUGCUCAGUCUGUUUCUGCGACACUUAUGCGAUCAAAUUCUGCUAUUUUAGGAUCUCAAGGUGGUUUAAUGCCUCAGCAAGCAACAUUUUCAUCACUUGUCUCAGCAAGAGCGCAGCAUAACAUGAAUUUGCUAGGAAGCACAGCAAACAUUUCAUCACUUCUCAAUCAGACUUUUGGCAAUGGGGGUUCGAACUCUGGCCUAUCUGGUAUGACUGGUUUCCAGAGGGGAGGUUUUGAUGCCACAGCUCAGUCUGAUCCUCUCGCUGCUGUAGCAAAUGAUAUUGGUUUUAAGGUACCUCCUUCAUCGUUCACUCCAUCAAAUGUUUCGAAUUCUGGGUCAUCAGGCCAACUUCAGAAUCAGCAAAUUGCAAGCUCUGCUGGAAACCCUGCACUGCUGGAUCAACAGCAAUCUCAAGUUCAACAAUUUGAGCAACAAAAGUUUCAGCAUGAUCAGCAGUCAAUGCAACAGUUCCCUUUUUCCCACAGUCAAUCACAGCAGCAAUUUCGAUCAAUCCGAGGAGUGUUAGGUGGCACAGGUGCAGUCAAGUUGGAGCCUCAGACUAUGAAUGACCAGAUUGGUCUCAAGCAACAGUUGUCGUCAUUCCAAAAUCUUGGACCAGUGAAGCAAGAACGUCAACAGAACCAAAUUGGAAGAGGCAUAGGACCUGUAAAAUUGGAACGUCAACAGUCUGAUCAAGGAAUGCUUUUGCAGCAGCAGCAACAACAACAACAGCAGCAGUUCCUCCAAUUGUCUAGGCAGUCUUCUCAAGCUGCCCUUACACAGAUGAAUCUUUUGCAGCAACAGCGUAUUUUGCAGAUGCAACAUCAACAACAACUAUUUAAAUCACAUUCUCAGCAAAGGCGUCAACUACAGCCACAGUUUCAGCAGCAGAACUUGCCAAUUAGAUCUGCUGCUAGACCAGCUUAUGAACCAGGAACUUGCGCCCAACGUUUGACCCAAUACAUAUAUCAGCAACAGCACAGACCUGAUGAUAACAAUAUUGAAUUUUGGAGGAAAUUUGUUGCUGAAUUUUUUGCUCCUAAUGCAAAGAAAAGGUGGUGCAUUUCGUUGUAUGGAAAUAGUCGCCAAACUAAUGGUGUUUUUCCUCAGGAUAUAUGGCACUGUGAAAUAUGCAACUGCAAGCCUGGUCGUGGUUUUGAGACAACUGUUGAGGUUCUGCCCAGGCUAUUUAAAAUCAAAUAUGACAGUGGCACUUUGGAGGAGCUUCUUUAUGUUGAUAUGCCUCGUGAAUAUCACAAUGCAAAUGGUCAAAUCAUCCUUGACUAUGCAAAAGCAAUACAAGAGAGUGUUUUUGAGCAUCUUCGUGUGGUACGGGAUGGUCAACUUCGUAUUGUUUUCUCGCCAGAUCUGAAGAUUUGCUCUUGGGAGUUUUGUGCACAGCGUCAUGAGGAGCUUAUCCCUCGAAGAUUGAUAAUACCUCAGGUAAGUCAACUUGGAGCUGCUGCGCAGAAGUACCAAGCAUCAGCACAGAAUGCAUCAUCCAACUUAUCUGCACUGGACUUGCAGAGUAACUGUAACAUGUUUGUUGCAUCUGCUUGUCAAUUAGCGAAAUCCUUGGAUGUUCCUUUAGUUAAUGAUUUAGGGUACACAAAAAGAUAUGUGCGGUGCCUUCAGAUAUCAGAGGUUGUUAAUAGCAUGAAGGAUUUGAUUGAUUGUAGCCAAGAGACAGGGAUGGGACCCAUGGAAAGUCUGGCCAAGUUCCCAAGGAGUUCCCCAUCAUCUGCACAGCAUAAUUCAGCUCGGCAAACUGAGGAGCAGCAGCAAAUUACUGGAGAAAAUGCAAAUAAUGAUCCUCAUUCAAUACAUUCAACUGUUCUGCGGCCUUCUACAAGCAAUGGUGUUGCUAGUGUAAACAACUCGCAGGGUGCAACAUCCACUUCUACUUCUGCUACCACCAUUGUUGGGCUUCUUCGGCAGAAUUCCAUGAAUUCUAGGAUUGAAAACCAGAUGAACAAUACAAAUGGUCCCUAUGCUGGAACCCCAGUUCAGAUCCCAUCUGCAGGGUCCUCUACUACUUUGCCACCCACUCAACAAAAUCCAUCUUCACCUUUCUCAUCUCCGACACCAUCCUCAUCUAAUCUGCCUCCUCAGGGUUCUCAUAAUGCCUUGGCUUCUUCAACUAGUGCAAAGAAUGUCAAUUCAGCAAAUUCAUCAGCACAGAUUGCACUGCAGCAGUCAUCUCAGUCAAGUGAGGUUGACCCCAAUGAAUGCCAGAGCUCCGUUGAAACAAUCAUUCAAGAAAUAAUGAUUUUAUCACAGUUCAGUGAAGCAGGUAGCAUGGUCAGUGUUGGUUCUGUAGGGAAUAACUUCAAGAACAAUAAUGGGCUUCCACAGGUGAGUGGCAGCUGCCUGAUGGGGAAUGGGAUCAUUAAUUACAAUUCAGGCAUUGGAGGUGGAGGAUUCGGGAACUUGAGUGGUGGCAUGGGUCUUUCUCCCAAUCCCACUGCUAUGAGAUCUGUCAUGGGCAACAACUCUAUGAAUUUCACUGCAAGGGGGAGCAUGCCAUUGAUUUCUCAAGAUGCUGUGAACCAUCAGCAACGGGAAUUAGCUAUCAGAAUACUUAAUGGGCUUGGAGCAGUAAAUGGCUUUAAUAACCUUCAAUUUGAUUGGAAAUCCCCCUAAAUUAGCUUUGUUCACUACUCU